AUGGCGCCAAUCCCACCACCUUCCAACUUGCCGCCAGGCACCACAACAGAACCAAUCACAGCCCACCGCCUGACGUCGUACACGACCACGCCCAUUGCAACCGUGAUCCAGCGCUUCCGCACCCUCGUCCCCCAGGUCGACCUGAGGAAUCUCAGGUCGCAAACGAGCGCCGAGGGGAUCAGGAACGUCAUCGAGUCCACACUCCAACAAUCGGAUGCACAUUUUGCCGAGUAUCAAAAACAAUUCGUCUUGUUUUACGAAUUGAAUCAUUCGCACUGGAUCCGCCACUUCAACACCGAACCCAACGCGUCCACCUUGUUAUCCCACACUGUUGGAGAGUUAUCAAAAUACCCCUCGGCCGAAAAUGUGCUGCAUCGGGGACGCGGUCUUAUACGUUUUAUCUUCGGGAACCCGCUGAUCGCCGCCGAUAUCCUGAGAGAAGACGUCGAGGCGGGCCUCCACGUCCCGGUUGAGUGUAUGUUUGUUGAGACGGGAGAGAACAACGUUAGGGGGACGAAGAUGGUUGUGAUGAUGCCGGGGGGCCUGAUCGACAGAGACAGGAAUGAAGAGACAAGUGGAACGGAAGGGGAGACAUUGAGGCUGAAAGUGGCUGAGUUGGAGGCCAAGAUAUUGAAGUUAGUUGAAGAGCUUAUGAAAUAG